CACAAAGUUGCAUAACGAACUGAAUUCCUAAAAAGAUAUUGGAAGUGGUCUCACCGUAGACUGUAGGUAAACACUAAACUCGCUGAACUAUGUUACACAAGUUUAUAUUAACAUGUUUUUUAUUUAGUUUUAUCGUGCAUAGUAUAUCGGUGGAAAGGCGAGAUGGAAAUGUAAAAAAAACUCAACGCACAUCAGACAAUAGCGUAGAGGCCCACCUGGAGGACUCGCGGCAGGUCGACGAUCAACACUGCUGGAUCACCCUGAACGCCAAGAACCACUUUGAGACUAUGGACGCGUUGGAUGAGAGAUAUGCUAAAUGUCGACACAGCUUUCAUAACAAAAUCACCGCCGACAAUCAGGAAUUCGACAAACAUUUACUUAAGGCAAUGCUCUCUUCUCGUGGAAGGGUGAGCGGGCAGAAGGGCAACCCCAACGACAUCCCAGCCGGGCUGAACCUGGGCGGCUACUGCAUGCUGAAGAUGGAGAAGUCUGUCUUAUUCUUCCACCGCAUGAAGCUGCGCAACAACACCCGCUUCCGCAUCAACUACUUGCAUACAAACCUCAAGGACCUGGAGAUCCGCACGCAGCUGUCGCUCCAUGACCUGCACCUCGUCGGCUCUUACGAGAGAGCCAUCACCGAUAACGAUCCAUCGAUACUUUACUACGUGCCUACUUUUGGCCAAGCUGAAAUUCUUCUUCGGAAUGUGGAAUACAAAAUGGAAGGGAGAAUGCGAAUGCUAGAAGAUAGUCUAUUCAUUGUUUUAGUCAAUUCAGAAAUAUCUUAUUAUGACGCUGUGAUGAUAUACAAAAACAAUGCAACCCAAAACAAUCCCAUACCAUUAAACGAGGCUGUGACCGAUGACUUCAUCGAAAGAAUGAAGUCAGACUUAGAUGAAUGGCUACGUGAUUACUACAACGAGCAUUUAAUAUUUUUCAACAAAAUCGGACCAGCAGCAUCUGAAAAAUAUCGGGAAUAUGAAAAGCAGAAAACUGCAAUACUGAACAGCUACGUUGAAGACUCUAUAAUGGAAUUGAAGUCUAAACUUCACAAAGUCAACUCCACGUCCGUGAAAUUACCCAACUUUAGCAUUUUCUCUAUCACUGGAAUGGAAAUAAAACUCAGAGAUGGAGUUCUUCGAGGCUUGGAUUCCAUGUACCGCCGCUCAAUGGCCACCGGCAAGAAAGACAAAGACGUACGCAUGGUCGACGCAAUCGUUGGCUUCAGUUCCCUGAAGGUGGUAUACAAAUAUAAUGCACAACUGUCGAAUGGAAUGCCCCCCCUCAACGGAUUGAUGAUCAUGACGGCAGAUGAGCUCACGUCGCACAUGGCUAUGCAACUCGUAAAAGAGCCGGAGACCGUGGAUCUACGGUUCGAUUUCAUUCGUCAGAUGAAGCCAGAAUCAUUGACCAUAGAGGGUCCAGCCAACAGAAUGAUCGCGAAUUUCAAGCAUAUUUUAGAGCACCACAUCAUUUCUCUAAUGACCAACGCGUUAAUUCACAACAUUAGGUCGCUGAGCACUUUAACCAGAUGCCAUCCUAUUCUCUUUGGUCACGUUGACGAAGGUCAAGAACAAGAAACUGAAGAAGAGGAGGAGAAACCCAGGCCCGAAACUGAAAUGGACGACAACCAGAAAGAAGGCAAUGUCUACCUCGACGAAGUAGAGGCUAGCAAAGAGGCAGCCGAGAAAACUGACGAUAACACAGUGGGGGAUACCAACACUGAGGAAGAAUCGCCUGCCGAGGCCGCAGCCCCGGGCGCUGUCUCCCCCAGAGCCAUGAUCGUCGUCCCACCCAACUGCCCUGGGAAUCAACAAAUGGGCUCCGACGGCGUCUGCCGCGACGUAUGGUAAUGGAAUUGAUGCCCAACCAACGUAUACCCCCAAGUAAAGAAGGCGAGACGAAGUCUGUGCCAUUCAAACUCAAAGAAGGUUCGAACAUCAAAUAAAUAAAAACUGCUACUUA